UCCCAGCUGUCCCCAGACCACAGGGCGCUGAGCCCCACUCUCCUCCCAAAGCAGGGGGGGUGCCCUGGGCCCCCCAGCGAUGACUGUAGCUGCAACACAACUGCAGGCUGGGCCAUGGGGGGGACACCCGUGUCCCCACAGCUGGGCUGGGAGGGACUCGGGGAGACAUGGCCGAGGAGGAGGACGUGGGUGACUCCAGCCACCCCAGAAAGCCACCAAAUCCCAGCCCGUGGCACAGCCAAACGCUGCCCGUCCCAUCCCGGUGGUGUGGGUAAGGUGUUGGUUAUCAGCCCCCCGUGGGUAACGCCCCUUCCCACCGCCUGCGGGGCCUUCACCAGCCUGGAGCCGGGGGCCACAGCAGGACCCCGGGGGACAGUGGGGACUGUGCGGGAGCCGAGCUGUCCCUGCUGUGGGGACACGGGUGACUGGGCAGGGCCGGGGACUGUUUGGCGUCACCGCGCGGGGCUGGCGGGGGUUACCUGCGCUGCCCACGGCAGACAGAAAUAACCCCAGGCGUUAUUAAUAGCGAUGGAACAGCUCCUGUGCAGCCGCUCCCGGCGACGCCGAGGGGCUCAUUAGCAUUCCCUUUAUUUCGCUGUUCUGUUCAUUUCUUAGCUAACAUGGUUAAGUCACGUCUUAGGCUGGGUCUGUGUGGGGGUCUGUCCCUUCUUUAAACAACUUUGCAUUGUAGCCGAAAUCAGCAGCCCUCACGUUUGUGUCAGUUCUAAGCAGGUCUUUAUGAUAUUCUCGAGGCCGGGCUGGCCUCGGCCCCGCAGCCUGGGCUCCGUGCGCCGUCCCAGGGGCUGUCCCGGGUCAUUGCAAUGUCCAUUGUCUCUAGCCAGGUUUACCAUCCCAGGCCACGGCUCCGGGUCCCUUUGGGUGGCAGGUUUGGUGGCCACGGUGCCCCCCCAGCUCCGCUGCCCCCGGCUCACAGCCCAGCCCCUCUCCCUUCGUUUGUUCUAAUCUUGGAGACCCUGUCGAGCUCCCCCCGUUUCAGCCACCGAAUGGCCCACCACCCCCUUCCUCACGGCACUUUGCCGGUUGAAGGGACCUGCUGCGCCCAUGGGGGGUUCGCUGGGGGGUUUUGCUCUCGUGGCGGCCGCGUCCCCCAUCUCCAUCCUGCGGGUUCCGGCCAUGCCGUUUGGCCACCCGUUCCUCCCGCGUUUACCUGUUCCGGCAGCCAAAGGCGCCUCCGCUCCGCCUCCCCCCGCGCUUCCCCCUCGCGGGGACUCGGGGCUUUUCAGGCGUUUUGCAAAGUCCCUCUUGGCUCCUCCGGUGCUGUAACGGUGAGAGCUCGGUCCUGCCGGGCCGGCCCGUCCGUGCCCCGCUGGGCUGUGGAGCUGCCCGCUUCCUGCUGCCUCCCAGUGUUACUUUUGGGGUGGGAGUGAUUUUCGUCCUCUCCCGGCUCAGCCGGAGCCGUUGCAGCAUCCAGUUGCUCCGUGGACGGCGCAGCCUGCGCAGGGCGCAGCGGGGGCUCCGGCCGCUCCCUCAGCAGCCCGUGCCUUGAGAUGGUCUUUUCGUGAGCUGGGGGAGCCCUGGAGCGCCCGCUCCCCAGACUUUCGGUCAAUGCAUAAAGGUCUCCCCAGCUUGGCACACUCGAAACGGCCCCAGCAGUCCAGGACCCUCCGGUGCCACGGCUGUUCGUGAAAUGCAGAACCCUGGAAGCAAAUUGUGAAAGGCCAAGUGGGACAUCCCAACAGCGAACGCAGAGUCCCACAUGUAGAACGCCAAAUGCGGCACCCCCGCCAACACCCUGCGGCAGAUCGUCCCACGCAGCCCGCCAAACGCAAAAAGCUCAAAGUGUGACACCCCGAUGCGAAUGCCGGAUGCAGCACCCCAAGGUGAGACCCCCAACCGCCGGGGCUGCUCCCCGAGCCGCGGCACCGAGCCGGUGCUGGGGGUGAGCGCGGUCCCCGGGGCAGUGCCCUGCGCGGGGGGUUAUCUCGCGGGCUGACGCUUUGACACUUGGGUGAGAGCUCGGCAAACCCCCCAGGAAGGAGCCAGAUGGAGGGUGAGGGGGAGCUGUGAAAUUUCCCACGGGGCCCUCCCGUCCACCCUCCCGCCCCGUCCAGGAGGAGGGCGGAGGAGGACGGGGAGGAGGAGGAAGGGGAGGUAACCGGUGGGAUUCGCGGGGCUGGGCUCAGAGGGCCGGAGGAGCUCGGUGAGCCCGGGAUGAGCUGAGCUGAGCCCAGCGCCAUGGAGGAGGUGACAGACGCCUAUGCCUAUGGGGACAAUGAGACGGAGUGCGAGUACGCGGAGUGGGGCCCGUCGCUGGCGCUGCUGCCCGCCCUCUACCUGCUGGUGUUCCUGCUGGGCACGGCGGGCAACGGGCUGGUCCUCUGGACCGUCUUCAAGGGCGGCCGGGACCGCCGGCGCUCGGCCGACACCUUCAUCGCCAACCUGGCCGCUGCCGACCUCACCUUCGUGGCCACCCUGCCGCUGUGGGCCGCCUACGCCUGGCUGGGCUACCACUGGCCCUUCGGCACGGCCGCCUGCAAGGUCAGCAGCUACCUGGUCUUUGUCAACAUGUAUGCCAGCGUCUUCUGCCUGACGGGGCUGAGCUUCGACCGCUACCUGGCUAUCGUGCGGCCGCUGGCCACGGCCAAGCUGCGCUCACGGGUCAGCGGGCUAGUGGCCACGGUGGCCCUGUGGGUGCUGGCGGCUCUGCUGGCGCUACCGGCCCUGGUGCUGCGGCGGGCGGCCGCGCUGGGGGGGGACACCAAGAUCACCUGCUACAUGGACUACGGGGGCCUGGCGGCGCCGGGGACCGAGGUCGCCUGGGAGGUGGGGCUGGGGCUCUCGUCCACCGCCCUGGGCUUCGUGGCCCCGUUCGCCGUCAUGCUGACCUGCUACUUCUUCAUCGCCCGCACCGUGGCCACCCACUUCCGCCGGGAGCGGCCCGAGGGGCCCCGCAAGCGCAAGCGGCUCCUGACCAUCAUCACGGUGCUGGUGGCCGCCUUCGGGGGCUGCUGGCUGCCCUUCCACCUGGUCAAGACCCUCUAUGUCCUGAUGGACCUGGAUGUGCUGCCCUGGUCCUGCGGCCUGCACGCCUUCCUCAACAACCUGCACCCCUACUGCACGGCCAUCGCCUAUGUCAACAGCUGCCUCAACCCCUUCCUCUACGCCUUCUUCGACCCGCGGUUCCGCCACGCCUGCGCCACGCUCCUGUGCUGCCGCGCGCCCGGCGCGCCCACCGAGCGCUCGGCCAGCUACUCCUCGGGGCACAGCCACCCCCCCGUCGGCAAGGGGGCGCCGCUCCCGGGGGGCAAGCUGGACCCCGCCACGCAGGAGACGCUGUUCCGCGCCUGAGCCCCGCCCCGGGCCCCCCCGAGCUGGUCUCCUUGGGGGACCCGCCGCCUCCUCCGCACCCCAGAGCCUGGCUUGCUUUGGGACCCCCUGCUCACGGGGAGGGGAAACUGAGGCUGGGGCAGACCCCAGGGGGCUCGGGCAGGGGCGGCUUCCCUGGCAUCCACAGGGCUUUGUAUUUUGUGACAAAUAAAGGAAUUUUGGUUAAAAAA